UGAAAAAGGGGGCAGAGCAGAGCAAGCACCAAAACGACGGCCAACGAACAAGAAACGGAGACACAGAGAAGCAUGGUCAUUAACACUAAUUCAUUUGCCAAGACAAUCUGUUCUAUAUGCUAUGAAGAUCUCAAGCCCAUUGUCGAAGAUCUCCAAGCUAUCUCCAUCUGCGGCCAUGUCUUCCACGAACUCUGCUUGCAGCAAUGGUUCGAGUACUGCUCGAACUCAAGGAAGUGUAGUUGUCCCGUGUGCAAGCAGAGCUGCACAGGAAUCAAUGUCGCUCGGCUGUAUUUCCAAUCAUUGGGGGAUCAAAACGAACCUUUUAUGUCCCAGAAAGUGAUCGAUUGCAAGGAGGAUCCUGAGCUGUUGCGCGGAGAAGUGAGGAGAUUGGAGGUGAAGGUGUCGGGUCUCACUUCAAAUUUGGAGCGUCAAGGGAAGGAAAUCCAAAAGCUCAAUGAGGAGUUGUGCAUCUGCAAGGACCAGGUGAAGAAAGAAGUCAUACUGAGGAACGAUGCCAUGGAACAAAAGACUUCGACUCAGCAACUGCUUGUUUCAAAAUCUGAGGAGCUUCAUUCUCUGAAGUUGGAGUGCUUACGGCUGCAAGACAGGAAUAUGGCCUUGGCCAAAGAGCUUGCUGCUCUUAAGCUGGUAUCAGAUCCGAACCUAGACGAAGAUGAAAUUUUAAAGCUUGCAUCAUUUGGUAAUGAAACCAACAACAAAGAUACUGUAGAUGUUCUAAGGAAGUCCUUGGUUAUUCGUAAUAUGAGUUAUAAAGAAUUGAUGGCCAAGUGCAAUCAACUUGGAAGGGGAGAGGCGCGAUCCUCUAAAAAGCUGGAGAAGGCAAAAGAAAAGAUAAAAAAACUUAAGACGAAGGUCAAAGAACUCGAGAUGAUGGUUGAAGAAAAGGAUAAUACAGCUUUGAGGGCUUUAAAAGCCUCAACGAAGAUCGAUUGUGAAGAGGAUGCCGUAAAUGAUAUUAAUGUCAAUUCAGACGAUUUUUUCACCAGACCUGAUUUCUCAGAAGAUCAAAAGGAAAAACUUCAUAAAUCUGUGAUUAAAUUGGAUGGAACUGGCAAUUUGAACAGUGAUCAAGGCAAUUUCAAUAUCAUUAAGAACGCGGGUGCCAGUUCUACCAAAGAACGGACAACCACCACAGGUCUUAUUAAGGAGAUAAAUACUUGCUUUAUAAUAGAUGAGGUACUUUCAGAUACCGAUUCAAGACAUCAAAUCAGUGAAGAUAUGAAGUCUGCUCUUCCCAAGUCAGAAGCAAUCUCUAACAUCAACAGCAAAGCUAAAGUGGAUGGACUAGCUAACCCAGGUGGUUUUUCGGGUACAGGUCCUUCCAUCAAUAGGGAUAAUGGCAACACUUUGGCUGCUUCUACUGAAGAGGAAGUUACCUUGGCUCUUGAUGAUGUCAAACAUGUUCAACCUAUGCUCAAGAUUAAAAAAGAAGCCUCAACCCUAGUUCCAGUUUCCAGCCCUGGGAAUAUAUGUUUUUCUGGUGGGCUGCUGGCUCCCGAUGGAUCAAAUCGGUAUCUGGGGAAAUGGUGCAAGCGUGGUCAAAGUAAGGGAUCGUUGGCCUUGCAAAGGCCAGGUACAAGCGCAAGUGGUAGUGGGGAUUUAAUUGCAGUUGGAUCUGAUGGAAGAGGUGGUAGAAUUAAAGUUCUGAAGUCCCUGAAUUUGUCCUCAUUGGAAAAUUCUGCAACUGCAAAGAGAUGCAAGUAUGGAACUAAAGCAAGUAUUUCGCAGUCUCAAGGUUGUUUGCAAAUAGAACACUUCUUUGGUAAGGCCACUCAUUAGUCAAAGGUUUGCAAGCUUCAGUGUUGGUUUCUUGUGGCGGUGGAGAAACAAAGUAAUUCAGUUAUGUUGUAUGGAUAUUUGGAACGAGGACGAUUUUUGGGAUUGUUGGAUUUUCAUCCUCUAGCCUCCUGGCCUUCGUACUUUAACCUAGUGGCAACAUGGUUGAUGCUUUCGUUAGGGUUGCAGCCUACCAGCACCAUCAUAUCUUCAACAGAUGUAGUUGACAGCAUUUAGAUGGCAUUCUUUUGGAUCAGGAUUAACUUAUUCAUUUUGAUAUACGCUAAUGUAUCUCAGAAAGGUAGCUUGCUGUUUUGCUUAACGGCGGUUAAGAGCUUCUUUCUUAUGGUUUUUGUAGUACUGUUCUUAUGUAUAGUAUUUAUUAGCAUUAUGAAUGAUCUUUUGUUUACC